AUGGGAACAGCUGUUUCAUCUUCAUCGUCACCGGAACCAGAUGAAACCUCACCUACGACAGAGCGAAUUGCUACCUAUCUCUCGGAAAAGCCGCUGAAAAUGGCUCAUAUGUUAAAAGCAACAAAACUAAUCAAUGAUUCAACGUCAGAGGAAAAAAUGCUCUUAUUUGAGUCAGGAAUUCUCCAUACUUUAUGCGAAUUAAUAGCUGAAUGUGGAAGUGUUGAAGGGCAAAGCAAGUACAUUCACAAAAAUGGCUCUGAAGAACGAAAGAGACAUCAGCUGAGAAGAAGCUCGGAAGCUAAUAAUGCUUCACAUCGAGGAGUCGGCUAUGGUCAUGGUUCCACAAGAUCCCGAUGGGAUAUUGAACGAACUGUAGAAGAGAAACUAGCUCGAGAGGAAAAUCUAACAUGGCUUUUGAACGCAUUGAACACUUAUAUCUAUUCAUCAUCUCCCGAUUUUCCUUGUAAACGCUCACCAGCGGAAUUAGCUCACUUAUCUUCGCCUGUGAUAACUGAAAUAGGAGAUAGUGCUGUAAUUGUUUUAUUGGAAUAUCAUCUGAAAAAUGAUAGCGUUUUUGAUGUCAGUGAACAUAUGGAACUAUAUCAAGCUUUACUGGAAACUGCUGCUUCUAUGGCAACAGUACCACAACUUGUCCCAUACUUGGUGCGGCCAUAUCAAACAGGAGCCAAAUCAAUAGCAAAGGAACUCAUUCCAAAAUUCAAAGAAAUCAUGUUAUCCUAUACCAAUACGUGGAAGGGACAACUAGGAUCUCCCGAUUUUCGAAUGAUGGAUUUUGUUAACAAAAUUGAAACAUAUUCUGAAGCAGUUCUACUGGCUUCGCGUGAAUAUGAAUCUCAACUACCAGCUGAAGAGCGCAUUCGAACUGCUACAGCAAGACCUCGAGCAACUCAAAGUGAAGUUGCAUUGAGUCGAAGAGCAUUAGAGAAUGAUGAAAGCAAACCAGAUACGAAUGCCGACAUAACCAUCUUGUAUAACAAAGCAUUGAAGCAUUUGCAAAUGCAAACUCAUAGAUUCGUUGGUGAUUACGGAAAGCUAAUAACGUCAUUUACUUUCAAAAAGGAAAUUCGUAAUACGAAUCCUUUCUCGCCUUCUUUACGGGAACGAACGAAGAGAAUUACCAAGGAACUCGCUUCCAUGACCAAUUCUCUACCUUUGAAUGCUAGCAAUAGUAUAUUUGUCUGUGUUGAUGAAAGUCGUUGUGAUAUUAUAAAAGUGCUCAUUUCUGGUCCUGAUGAUACUCCUUAUGCUAAUGGGUUGUUUGAAUUUGAUGUGUUCUUCCCUACGAGUUAUCCUUUCUCACCUCCUAAGUGUGCUUUCCUCACCACUGGCUCAGGAAACGUGCGGUUUAAUCCUAAUCUAUAUAACGAUGGCAAGAUUUGUUUAUCCAUACUUGGCACAUGGGAAGGACGACCUGAAGAGAAGUGGACCCCAUACUGUUCGCUCAUGCAAGUUCUGGUUAGCAUCCAGGGACUUAUCUUCGUCAAAGAUCCGUACUUCAAUGAACCCGGCUUCGAGAAAUACCAAGGGACAGAGAAAGGAGACGACUACUCAAGAAAAUAUAAUCUUCAAAUAGAGCAUGCCACUUUAACUUAUGCAAUAAGAGAUCAAUUGAAAAACCCUCCGGAGUACUUUAAGAAAGUAAUUCAAAGACACUUCUGGUUGAAACGACAUGCAAUCAUUGAACAGGCAAAAGCUUGGAUGGUAGAAAUGAGAAAAGAUGCCCUUGAAAGCGAAAGAAAUCCAAAGAAGAAGGAUUUAGUGACAUUCGAAUCGUUGUACAAUCCAUUCCAUCAGGAGCGAGCUAUACAACAGCUGAUCAACGAACUCAACAACAUGACUUGUCCAGUUGAGCCUUGUAAGUAG